CGCUGUCGGUUUGCUCUCUUGCGUAAAGGACUGCCAGCUGAGAGCAACGUUAGCAACGGAAACGGAUCAUCUCCGUGCGAUCUCGAAAAGUGUACUCCCAUCGCCGCGCGAAACGUAAACUCAACUCGAGUGAGAGGGAGCUCAAUGGCGGAGUAUUUAUGGGAGGUGAAAUUCAUAGAAAUUGGAGUAAAACGAUGGAGCGACGUGAUGAUAGUGAGAGCGAGAAAAAAAAACACGAAAGAUAGGACCGAUGACGGACAGAGGAGACGGGGAGAAAACAGGAUGGGUAGGGUGAGGGGAAGGAUACAGUUGGAGAGAGAGUGUGUGUGUCUAUGUAUGUGAGAGAGGGUGCGAGACAAAGAGGGAGGAAUCAGCUGGGGAGAAUGAUGCAGUGGAAUGUGUGGGUGGAAGAAAGGAGGAGCGAGCGAACGUCGCGCUGGUGCACAUUCUUCCUGCUUCCGUCCUGCCGAGAUCCGACUUCGGGCCGAGAUCGUGAGCAGGCUCCAUUGCGAGUCAGAGUCCUUCAAGAUGGACCUCAUCCUGGACAUCAACUCUUGGCUGUAUCCCAUGGAACUCGGUGACAAAUUCCGCCUCGUCCUAGCCACAACAUUGCGCGAGGACGGCUACCCAGACGGGAACGAGUGGAACGUUACGGAACAGGAAGGCGGUUCCAGGGCUGACAGUUUCGAGUACGUCAUGUCCGGCAAGGUGUAUCGGAUUGAAGGCGACGAAGCCAGCAACGAACCCAGCAGCAGAUUAUCAGCCUAUGUAUCCUUCGGAGGUCUACUGAUGAGGCUACAAGGUGACGCGAACAACCUACACGGCUUCGAGAUAGAUCAAUACAUGUACCUGCUGAUGAAGAAACUAGCAUUUUAAAAUCACGUUAAAGAUGUUUAUACAGAUUCAUCAUUGUUGUCUGUAUUUUAAUAAAAUAAAAUAGGUAAGCUUAUUAUUAGAAGCUUAUCAUUAGAAAUUUUUACCAAAAAUUUUUUGUAAAAACUUUGUAAGAUAAAAAUAAAGAAAUAAAAAAAAAACUAUUAUAA